GACCAAUCAAGACACGUUUUACGUCAUGCAGCGACUUUGGUCUGUCGCUGUCAAACGUGUACUGCUUGUCAGAAUGUGUUUAGUUUCGUGAUUCCCGUGUUUAUUUAUGAUUUUUAUGAAAGGGAGCUAAAAUUAUUCAGAAUGAACCUCAAAGCUGCAUUAGCCAUUUGUAUGGUGUUUGUGGGAUGUUGUUCCAAUGUUGUGUUUUUGGAAUUCGUCGUUAAGGAAGACCCAGGCGCGGGAAAUCUGGCAACAUUCCUGCAAUUCUUAUUUAUAGCUUGUAUUGGUUUCUGUACCGUUGGAAAAUUUGGUACAGCUAAACGAAAUAUACCAUUUAAACAAUACUUGCUAUUAGUAGGAUUUUUCUGGACAAGCAGUGUUGCCAACAAUUACGCGUUUGAUUUUAACAUAUCUAUGCCACUACAUAUGAUAUUCCGAGCCGGUUCCCUCAUGGCAAAUAUGGCUAUGGGCGUCUGGAUCUUGAAGAAACGCUACCCAGUAUUAAAAUACUUAGCUAUAUUCAUGAUAUCCGCUGGUAUUGCCAUAUGUACAAUACAAUCGAGCGGGGAUGUAAAAGCACCUAGAGAAACGCAUGAAGAUGCUGCCGAGGAGGAGAAACUAAAAUUCAUAGAUUGGCUCUGGUGGUGUUUGGGAAUAGGAAUUUUGACCUUCGCUCUAUUCGUAUCAGCGAGAAUGGGUAUCUUCCAAGAAUCCCUGUAUUCUAAAUUCGGAAAACAUCCGUGGGAGGCGCUUUACUACACGCAUUUACUGCCUCUGGUAUUUUGGCUACCGACAGCUACUAAUUUGACAAACCAUGUUAGCAUAGCGUUAGAUACACCAGUUGUGGAUUUCCUUGGGUUUACUCUACCGCGCCAAGUCCUAUGGCUAAUUUUGUAUGUGUUAACACAAGGUCUGUGUAUCAGCGCCGUGUAUGUAUUGACUACGGAAUGUGCAUCCCUAGUUGUGACUUUGACGGUUACACUACGAAAGUUCGUAUCACUUAUAUUUUCUAUUCUGUAUUUCAAAAAUCCCUUCACACUUGGUCAUUGGACCGGUACUUUAUUAGUCUUUAUUGGAACUAUGAUAUUCACAGAGAUAUUACAGAAAUCAAUCGCUUUGUUUAUACCUAAGGGGAAGAAGAAAGUGCAGUAAAUUAGAAACAUUCGUAAAUGCAAUAGUUAAUUUUAUAUUUUAUAAGUGGUUUAUAUGAGUUGCAUUAUGAUAAGGAUAUCUGUUGUAUAGUGGUAAGGCAUAAAAACUGCUGUGUCAUUAAUACGUGAUAGAUGGAUAUUAUAGUAAACGAUGACUAUGUUUAAUAAUCCUAAAGUUCAAACAAACAUAUUAUAUAAGACUUUUCAAUGAUAUUUAUAUUUAUUAUUCUGAAUAUUUAUAUUU